GGCCCCGGGCCCUGGGCAGCCUCCAGGUGCAGUGCCCUCCCUUGGGCUGCACCCUCUCCCCUUCCCUGGGGCAUGUCUCUACUUACAAGUUAUGAGGGGCUUCGGCAUCAGAUAGAGAGGCUGGUGCGGGAAAAUGAGGAACUGAAGAAGCUGGUACGGCUCAUUCGGGAGAAUCAUGAGCUCAAGUCUGCGAUCAAGACUCAGGCAGGUGGCCUCUGCAUCAGCGGGUUCACCGGAGGGCUUGGUGAGGCAGCGGCAGGCCCUCCCCAACAUCAGGGUGUAUUCCUGCCCCCAGCUUCAGCAGCAGCAAAGGAGCCCUGCUCAGAAGACUUGGGGAUGGCGGCACUGGCACCUCUGGCUGACAUGUUGAAUACCCCACAGCUCAGUCCUGCAGCAGGCUCCCUUGUGAACCCCCUGGCUGCUACUCUUAACCCACUGCUGUCUGGCCAAAUACCCUUGUCACAGAACAACCAGUUUGCCAAUCUUGUGCCAUGCUCUGUGAGCAACCAACUGACCAAUCCUACUACAGUUUCCCCCGGAGUCACCUUGGCCAGUUCUCUGGGUUUGCCCUCUACUGGACCCCUGAACAGUCAAAUGACUAGUCCCAUGACUGUAACCCCAGGGACCACUCUGGCCAGCUCACUGGGCCUGACCUCAACUGGUUCCCUAACAACAAGCAGCCGGCUGGUGGGCCCUCUGGCUGUAUCUCAGAGCAGCCCCAUCAUGGCUCCCCUGGCAGGCACGGUGGCAGUCUCUCUGAGUAGUCCCCUGCUCUCCUCCACAGCUACCCCUCUAGGUGUUGCUCAGAACGUACUGCCCAACCCCAUAAACAACAUAGGGCAGCCAGAGACGCCAAGGGUGCGGCUGGCAGAGCCGACCCGAGGAAACUUCUCUGGAACCUCAGCCUAUGCAGGACCAGCUCCCACCACCAAAGUCCCAAUCACCAGUGAGCACCCCCAGCCGAGACAGGACCCAGAGCCCCUUGACAUGUUUGUGGGCGCACCCCUCCAGACCAUCCCCUCUAUGCGUACCAUGGCCACAUCCAGUCUCACAACAAAUGUUUAUGGCACCUUGGAUAAUCGAACUCAGACUAGUGUUUCCCAGGGACAAAUGCCCCUCAUUUUUGUCCAAAGCUCCCCAACAGGCUCUCCUCCUCGCACAGUUCCCAGCUCUGCCCCAGCUCCUGCCCCCCAAGCUGCUGAAAACGGUUCCCCUUCAAGAAACACCCACUCCAACUCCCCCUCCAGGGUGCACCAAUCCCCUACCCGACCUGUGCCCAAUCCCCAUUCUCCUCCACGCAACCUCCCAUCCCCGCCCCGCACCUCAUCCUCUUCGGCUUCAGUCAAUGAUACCCGGGGUUCACGCGUGAUGGAACAGUCUCGGAAGAAUGUCGUGGAGAUGGAGCGGAAGACGCCCCACCGAAAGUCUAACAAGUUACCUGACAAUCCCCGAGACACAAAACAGCUAGCCUGUGAGAGGCUAGUGGGGGAAAUCGCCUUCCAGCUAGACCGAAGAAUCCUGUCCAGCAUCUUCCCAGAGCGCGUACGUCUCUACGGCUUCACUGUCUCCAACAUCCCAGAGAAGAUCAUCCAGGCCUCCCUAAACCCCAGUAACCACAAGUUGGAUGAGGACCUGUGCCAGACGCUCACACAGCGUUACGUGAGCAUCAUGAACAAGCUGCAGAGCUUAGGCUACAACGGAAGGGUGCACCCGGCACUGACAGAACAGCUGGUGAAUGAGUACGGCAUCCUGCGCGAGCGGCCUGAGCUGGCGGCGUCUGAAGGUGGCUGCUACACGGUGGACUUCUUGCAGCGUGUGCUAUUGGAAACUGUGCACCCCAGCAAGCUCACGGAUGCCCUCCUGCUGCUCUCCUGCCUCCACCAGCUGUCCCACGAUGACGGCAAGCCUAUGUUCAUCUGGUAACACCCGGUGCCCGGCUGGCCCAGGCUCACUUCACCCUGUAGGCCAUUGUGCAUGGCCAUUAAAGUUUCCCACGGACUCUGGUCACCUGGCCCAUGCCACACCUUCCUGCUCCAGUGGGGUGGGGGACCACAUUCACAUUACAGCUCCCCAGGAGAGACAGAGCUCUCAGACACUGUCUUUCUAAUGGGAUUAAAUGGAGGGUCCCAAAUUUCCUUUUUACUUGGUAAUGAAAGCAGAAGUUCUGGGAGUGGAAGAAAAAAAAAAAAAAGAGGGAGUAGGAUCAGGAACAGGGAAGGGAUGGUGCAGAAAGAAAGGGUACUUCCCUGUUCUUAGCAAAGACCAAGGGGUGGGGAGCCUCAGGGCAGGACAGUAGAGGUAAGAGAGCCAGAUGCCACCUCAUCCAAACCUGGGCAAGGGAGCCCAGGAGAUGGCAGCCCCUUGUGAAGAUGCCCAAGGUCUGGGAAAAGGAUGGGUUCUGUCUAAGCAUGGGGGACCAGAGCUGACCAGAGAAUGAAAAACAUGGGUUGGGGGGGGGAUAGGGUGAGGGAUUGUGGGAGUGGGGACCAGGAGCAGGGGGCAUCCAUGGAGAUAUAAAAUGAAUAAAUAAAUGGAAAAAAAAA